AUGGAAGCCCUUUUGGAGGAUUUGGACAACAUUGCGUCUGUGGUAGAGCAGGCUCUCAAUACCGUGGUAGAUAAUAUCACCUCCGCCCUAUCACAGUUGAAAACCAAUGGAUUCUCAGUGUGGGGAACCUUGCUUGCCUCCUCCUUGGCUCCCUUUUUGACAGAUAACCCGCUGCCUGAUGGAUAUCCAUGGGGUAACUUGACAGACUACGGCAACAAUCCGUAUCGUGAAUGCCCACAUACCGGCGUUACUAGAUCCUACGAGUUCACCAUCAGCCGGGGUGUCAUUGCUCCAGAUGGCUACGAACGCGAGGUGCUCCUUGUGAACGGUGCCUUUCCGGGACCACUUAUUGAAGCAAAUUGGGGAGACACCAUCAUUGUGAAAGUCUUCAACAAUAUUUCAAACCCCGAAGAAGGCACCUCAGUCCACUGGCAUGGCUUCCUCCAGCAUGACACUCCCUGGGAAGAUGGCGCUCCUGGCAUCACCCAAUGUCCCAUCCCCCCGGGGAAAACCUACACCUACGAGUUCAGUGCCAGUUUGUACGGUACAACCUGGUAUCAUGCCCAUUACUCAGCCCAAUAUGCUGGUGGCAUUGUUGGGCCUAUUGUUAUCCACGGACCAACCAGAGAAGACUAUGAUAUCGAUGUUGGUCCUGUCAUGCUGGGUGAUUGGUAUCACCAAGAAUAUUACGAUAUCAUCAAGACCAUGCUCAGCCCCAGCGAAAGUCCCCCCCGAGUUUAUUCCGAUAACAACCUGAUCAAUGGCAAGAUGGACUUCAACUGCUCGACUGACCCCGAAGACGAUCCGCACCAAUGCACACCAAACGCAGGCAUAUCCAAAUUCCGCUUCCAGACCGGCCAGGUCCACCGCUUGCGCCUCAUCAAUCUAGGUGGCGAUGGUAUCCAGCGCUUCUCUAUCGACGAGCACGUCCUAACCGUCAUCGCCGAGGACUUUGUGCCGGUCAAGCCGUACAACACGACAGUGGUGGUGCUGGGUGUUGGCCAGCGUGCUGAUGUUUUGGUGACUGCCAAUGCGGGGGGGCCCAAGUCUGCGUUCUGGAUGCGCUCCAGCCUCACGACGUGCUCGCCGGCCAGGCAGCCGAACGCUGUGGCUGUUGUGUUAUAUGACGAAGCGGACGAGAACGCGAUGCCGAAUAGCAAGCCGUGGGAGAUACCGAAUCCUGAUGUGUGUGCUAAUCUGCCGCUGGAUAUUACCGAGCCACUGUACCCAAUUCCGCUGCCUGAGCCGACCUUCACAGAGACGAUGGAGAUCGAGAUCUUCAAAAAUGAGUCCAAGAUUUGGCUGUGGAAGUUCAAUGAUGUAUCAAUGCGGACGCAUUACAACAAGCCGGUGUUGCUGCUCGCCAACCAAGGAGAAUAUGACUACCCUGAAGAAUGGAACGUCGUGAAUUACUACCAAAACAAGUCCGUCCGAAUUGUCGUGAAAAACAACUCUCCUACAUCCCACCCGAUGCAUCUCCACGGCCACAACUUCUAUAUCCUCCACGAGGGCCCCGGCGACUGGGACGGCACAAUAGUCCGGCCAAGCAACCCCCAUAGACGGGACGUCUACCUGGUACGCGGAUUUGGCCAUCUUGUUCUGCAAUUCGAUGGUGAACCUGGAGUAUGGACCUUCCACUGUCAUAUUGCAUGGCACGCGUCGGGUGGUUUUCUAGCGACGCUUAUUGUCCAGCCGGAUACGGUUGAGCAAUUCAACAUUCCGGGGGAUGUGUGGAAUAACUGCAACGCGUGGGAUCAUUAUACCAAAGACAACGUGGUUGAGCAGAUUGACAGUGGCACAUAA